AUGCUUACAGCUGAUCAACUAAACGAUGUAUUAUUUUAUACCGAACAUUCAUUGAAAGCAGUCGCCAUGAGAAGUGUACGAGUCAAUUGCGCUUUUCUCGUUUUCACAGUUUGUAUAAAUUUUAUAAAAUGCAAUGAAAAGAACGGCGGAGGUAGUGGAACCAAUACAACAGUAAAAAAUCAGGAAAUAUCGGCAGUCGCAUCAGAUGAAAUUUUUGGUAAAUUGGUUGACAUAAUGUGGAAAAUAUAUCAAUCGAAUGAACCGGAAAGUUUCGAAGUUAUGUCAAGAGCUCAACUGAUGUUAUUUCAGCUUUACGAAGAUAGACAAAAAAUCGAUCAACAAUAUCCGAAGAAACUAGCUUAUUAUUUUUAUAAAAUCCUAAAGCAUCCACUCUAUGGCGGCUUGGACAAUGCGCUUAGAUCGAGAUUAGAUAAUGCAAUCGUUAGAUUACCGCAUGGUUAUAAGGCACUAUUAUUCCAACCGCAUUUUUGUCUAAUGAAUGUUGCAUACGAGGAAUACAUUUACACGGCUAUUCAAGCAAAACUUGAUCCGGAAAACCGUUUCCUUUGGGUAUGGUACGAGAAGAAAUUCAUCGACGAUACUGGUCACAUUAAAGCUGAGCUGAUUGAGCCGUCAAAUGGUAAUGCGUUCGAUUUUAAAGUCAAGUUAACCGGAAUAAGAUUCAAUUUACCAUAUCAUCGUUUGGACUAUCAUCAAUUUGCUAUAGUUGGUUGGCAAGGAUACGGACAGCCCGAGAACUAUCAUUGGGAUUUUCAAUUUGUUGAUAAUGAUGUAAUUGUUUUUGAACAAGACGGUUUCACGAUGUGCGUCGGUGAUAAUCAAGAUACGGAGAGACGUAACGUGUAUGGAUUUAUGGAUAACGAGCAUACUGCUAAAGAUGCUAUUUGCCAAUGGAAAAUUGGAAGUUGUGAUCGUCGAUAA